GGACUAGAGACCUUUUCACCAGCCGACUCUCCCUUUCUCUCUCAUUCCAGUAACAUUUGUAGAGCCUUCCAGGUCCUUUUGGACCAAUCCAAAGCAACAGAUUAACCGAUUGUCACAGGUAAUCAUUCAAAAAAGACAUGAUCCCAAAUUUAAUCGGGAAUACGUCUUGAGUGGUUCCAAGUCGAUGCCAGUCAGAGGGUGGAUUGCUGCUGGCCCUCAGCCCAUCUCCCUCGGAGCAGGUUCUUGUUAGGAAAGACCCAUCAUCAUGGCGUCCAAGCGCAAAGCCUCGGCGAUGGCCAAUGCAGCUGCCGAGGAGCCUGUUGACCCAGCCGAUGAGCUCAAGUUUCUCUGCCUGGGUGGAGGAAAUGAAGUCGGCCGGUCCUGCCAUAUCAUCCAGUACAAGGGCAAAACUGUCAUGCUUGACGCCGGGCAGCAUCCAGCGUACGAUGGGCUUUCUGCGCUGCCGUUCUUCGAUAUCUUCGAUCUGAGCACCGUGGACGUACUCCUCAUCAGCCAUUUCCACGUGGACCAUGCUGCCUCGUUGCCAUAUGUCCUCGCCAAGACCAACUUCAAGGGCCGGGUGUUCAUGACACACCCCACAAAGGCAAUUUACAGAUGGCUCAUCCAAGACAGCGUGCGCGUCGGCAACGCGUCGUCCAACGAGUCCUCGCAGCCGGUGUAUACCGAGCAAGACCACGCGAAUACCUUUCCCAUGAUCGAGGCUAUCGAUUACUAUACUACUCAUACCAUAUCCUCCAUCCGAAUCACACCUUACCCGGCAGGUCACGUCCUGGGCGCUGCCAUGUUCCUCAUCGAAAUUGCGGGGCUCAACAUCUUUUUCACUGGCGACUAUUCAAGAGAGCACGAUCGACAUCUUGUCUCGGCCGAAGUCCCACGAGGCGUCAAGAUUGACGUACUGAUCACCGAGUCCACGUACGGUGUGGCCUCACACGUGCCGCGUCUCGAGAGAGAACAGGCCCUGAUGAAGUCCAUCACGGGCAUUCUGAACCGCGGUGGGCGCGCCUUGCUGCCGGUAUUCGCGCUCGGCCGGGCCCAAGAAUUGCUUUUGAUUCUUGACGAGUACUGGGCCAAGCAUCCCGAGUUUCAGAAGAUCCCUAUAUACUAUGCCAGUAACCUGGCCCGGAAGUGCAUGGUGGUAUACCAGACAUACAUUGGAGCCAUGAAUGACAACAUCAAGCGCCUGUUCAGAGAACGCAUGGCUGAGGCUGAGGUGACUGGGGAUGGAGCGGGCAAGGGCGGCCCAUGGGAUUUCAAGUACAUCCGGUCACUGAAGAGCCUUGACCGUUUCGAAGAUGUCGGCAGUUGUGUUAUGCUUGCCAGUCCUGGUAUGCUCCAAAGUGGUGUGAGCAGAGAACUCCUCGAGAGGUGGGCUCCGAGCGAUAAGAAUGGUGUCAUUAUCACCGGCUACAGCGUCGAGGGCACCAUGGCCAGGCAUAUAAUGCAGGAGCCCGAGCAGAUUCAGGCUGUCGUCACCAGGAAUGCCGCCGCCGCUCGCAGGGCUCCUGGAGGUGACGCAGAGAAGGUGAUGAUUCCACGGAGAUGCAGUGUCCAGGAGUACUCUUUUGCUGCGCAUGUCGACGGCAACGAGAACAGGGAGUUUAUCGAGGAGGUUGCCGCACCAGUGGUGAUCCUUGUGCACGGAGAACAGCACAACAUGAUGCGCCUGAAAUCCAAACUUCUUUCUCUCAACAGCAAUAAAACCGUCAAGGUUAAGGUCUACAGCCCCAAGAAUAUGGAUGAGCUCCGCAUCCCGUUCAAGCAGGACAAGAUCGCCAAGGUUGUCGGAAAACUCGCGUCGAUUCCCCCACCCACUCAACUCCCAACUCCCGAGGACGAUACCCAGCUUGUCACAGGUGUCCUUGUUCAGAACGAUUUCAAGCUAUCGUUGAUGGCCCCAGAGGACCUACGAGAGUACGCCGGUCUCACCACCACAACCAUGACUUGCAAGGAGCGAAUCCGUCUCAGCGCGGCGGGCAUCGAUUUAAUCAAGUGGGGUCUCGAGGGCACGUUUGGCAAGAUCGAGGAGCUACCAGAGAUGAAGCAUGAUUCGGAGAAGAGCAACGGCGAUUCCUCCAAUGGUGACUUUGAGCCUGCCGACGAGGAAAUCAAUCAGGUCGUUGCAGCCUACCGUGUCAUGGGCUGUGUGGCAGUCCGCUACCGUAGUAACGGCGAGGUUGAGCUGGAGUGGGAAGGCAACCUGUUGAACGAUGGCAUUGCAGACUCCGUUCUCAGCGUCCUGUUGUCAGUCGAGAGCAGCCCGGCAGCCGUCAAGCGGUCCGCGCAGAAACACUCCCACUCGCAUGACCAUGACCACGCCGAGCUCCCACCGCGCAAUCCACACGCCAACCUAACACCCGAAGAGCGCCUUGAGCGGCUGUUCAUGUUCCUCGAGGCCCAGUUUGGAGCAGACAACGUGUCGCCCAUCGAGGAGCCAAAGCUUCCCCCGUUGCCCAAGGACACGAAGAAGAAGGAGCUCACGGGGGCCGGCGGCGGGGACGCCUCCAUGAAGGAUGCUCCGGAUGGCGAGGGCAAGGAGGAGGAGGACGAGGACGACGAAGAAAGGGAGAUCGAGGCGCGCAAGAAGGCGGAGCUAGAGCGGCUUCACCGACUCGGCAUUCCCGUCCCCGGCGUGGCGAUCAAGGUCGAUAAGAUGGCAGCAAAGGUCUGGUUGGAGGAUCUGGAGGUGGAGUGCGGUCACAAGGCGUUUGCAGAUCGCGUGCGUAGUGUGGUCGACCGCGCUAUCGAGAUCACCGCACCGCUGUGGGCUUAGGCAGACAGCAGCGCAGGAGAAGGCCUGAUAUUAUACCGAGUCUUCAAGUACGGGGAACGAUCCAACGCCCCGCCCGCCCCAUAUACGAAAGAAGACCAUGAACCCGAAAAAGUCCUGGCGGAAACAGAGUAGGCAUCAGAGUACUAUGACACAGGUAGAAUGCAGUCAAAAUCUCUACGCGG